CACAUAGCGAUCUUGUAUUUUGCAUGAGUCGACUGCCUUUAUAUGAUGUUAUAGAAUUAAUAAUCAAUACGCGGUAACACGGCGGAAAUUAUAUGUUAAACUGUUUCAACGGAAAGCCCUUUCACUAUAGCAAUUGAAGCUGCCCAGUCGUCAUAGCAACGUUUACACAAGAGGUAGUAUAAUAAACGAAGACUUCAGUACGUAGCUAACUUAAGGCAAUUAAUUCAUCUAUUAUUACCUUGCGAGUUGUUUUGAAGUGUUUAAAACCGACCAUCGCAAGCUAGGAGUGGAAUGUGCUUAUUUACCAACGCGUAAUUUUACGGAAGAAGGGAAUGCGCCUGGAGUGUACACCGUCUGGUUGCAUGCUUAUCAAUAGGCUACAUUUGUUUAAAAACGGGUUUAUUGAAUAUUAAUCCACUUAUCCAAGAUAGUGACCUACUGUUAAGGCAAAGAUGUGCUAAAUUACACACAAAGUUUUGUUUGCUGUGUUUUAAUCCAUGCAAAUGGAAUUAGCUAGCCAUAUAUGACUGUUGAUGGAAAAUGGGUUUGUAGGGAUGUCAAUGAAAUCAAGCAGCUUUCAUUUGGCUAAUAAGUUAACUCGGUUACACAAGUUUCUGGGCGUUCGACUGUGAAACCGGUAAUGUGGCACCGUACAUUAAGUGUAGAGUACGUUUAGCUGCUCGCUAGCUAGGUAGACGUGCCAGUGAAGUUGGCGGCUAGGCUUUCUCGUUUGCAUGCCGACCUUAAAUUAACGCAGUUGCUGGAAUGCAGAAUACUAUAACGUUAGCCGACACUAGAUUUUGCGACAAAAGAAGGUUAGGGGCAAGCUUGGUGGUUGCCCACAAACAUGACUAAGCUAUCGAAUUCUUAUUUGUUGCUACCUGAUUAACUUAAGUGAUUUUGACCGAAAUAGAAAAUUAGUGACCUGGCCGGGCACGUAGCGGGUAUUUUUUUAGGUUAUGUCUAGUUUUAGUGUACCACCUUUGGGCAACCUACCUCAGUGGCCUCGCGUGGGAAGCCUGCACAAAGCCCAUUUUCCACGACCACUGCCGCGAGACCGCCUGCAGCCGCUGCCCAAUCCACCUCGCGUGGACUCCCAGGUGGCGACUUGCGCGCCCGGCGCCGUGGACACGAGGGUGGCAUCGCUGGAGAGAGAUAUUCAUUUCUUACAGCAGCAGCACAAAGAGACAUUGGAGAAACUGCACGGUGAACUGGACGGUCUGAAGCGGGAGAAUAAAGAGCUUCAGUACAAGCUUAUCAUGGAUCCACCUCACACCUACAGAAAGGGGUCCAGCGGAAGAGACCGGCACCCCCAUCACAGAGCUGACCCCGAGCCCCAGGCAGAGGUCUCCCAGGAGCAGGCCCUGUGUGAGAGCCCACUCUCACAGGAGGAUGCCCCAAGCUCGGAGCACAGCGAUGCCGUCCCGAAGGCCGCGGACACCACGGCCCCUCCCGGGCCCAACCCCGACCCCCCAGAGGAGCCGAGGGGGGGUCUCAUCACCUCCCUGCAGCCGCUGCGGAUCCACUGCAGCCCCUCGCAGCCCCCCCGCGCCCCCACCCUGCAGGAGUGCGAGGUCAUCAUCCGGCAGCUGUACAACGCCAACAGCCUGCAGUCUCAGGAGAUCAUGCGCGUGAAGGCUGUCCUGAAGGACAUCGUGUUCAGCAAGAGGGUUUCCCCCGAGACCUACAUCAUGACCAAGGCCUACCUGGCCGACUGCACCAGCCAAACUGAAGGGAACGAGAGGUUUCCAAAGCUCAAACCCCUGCCAGAGAGACUGGAGGGGUCCCGUCUGGGCCUGGCCGAGCGGGUGAUCCUGCCCCCCCUCAAGCACGGCCUGGUGGAGCGACAGAAGAGGCCACCGGCCGUGCACAGGGGCCGUCUGAGGAGGACGGUGCCCUGAGAGGGACAAACCGCGCCGGGCGCCAGGCUCAAGGACAGCACAGACGCAGGACCACGCUCCCAAUGGAAACGCAGGGCAUCUCCACGGAAACACAGGACUGCUUUCCUUCAUGAGGAAUUGACUUACACCUCCUCCCUCUCUACUGUUCAAAAAAUGAUUUUCAACUGCCAUUUGCUUUGAAAAAUAUAAACUGAGAUAUUCCAGUUUG